GGACAGAUCACCUGGAGACAGCAUUCAGGUCACAGGCAGAAGUCCUCAAGAUGAGAGCUGCGGUCUUCAUCUUCUCCCUGCUCCUCGUCACAGGGAGCCAGGCCAGUCAUUUGUGGCAGAAUGAAGAGCCCCAGUCACCUGUGGAGCAAGUAAAGGAUUUCGUCACUGACUAUGUGAACACCGUCAAGGACACCGGCAAGGUGUACUUGUCUCAGUUUGAAGCCUCUGAGAUGGGCCAAAACCUGAAGAUUUCAGAAACAAUGACUUCCCUGAAAGCAGCCUUGGAUGCCUUCUAUGAAGAGAUUAACCCUUCCUACCAGGAAAUCAAGGACACCAUAAUUAAGGAAACCGCUGAGCUACGGGAGGAGAUGUCAAAGGGCUUGGAAGGAGUCAAGAAGAGUAUUGAUCCCCACCUGGAAGAAUUUCAGAAGAAGUGGGCCUCGGAUGUAGAGAAUUUCCGCCAGAGGGUAGGCCCGCUGACCCAGGAUCUGAAGGACAGCGCCAAGCAGAAGUUCGACGAGCUCCACGAGAAGCUGACCCCCAUAGGCAAGGAUAUUCGAGAUCGGGCCCAGGGCCACAUAGAAACCGUUCAGGAAUUUGUGAGGCCUUACCAUGAGCAGAUCAAGACCAGCGUGAGCCAGAAGAUUCAGGAGCUCCGGGAGAAAGGUUUGCCCUCUCCCGCUGAAUAUCAAGCUAAGAUAAGCGAGCAGCUCAGAGCCUUGAAGGAAAAAUUCUCCCCCAUCCUGGAGGAUCUCAAAAGAAGUGCUGACCCUAUUUCCCAGAAAGCCAAAACCGAUAUUCUGACCUUCCUGGAGGAAACCCGGAAGUCCUUGACCAGCUAAUGAGGAUGUCCCUCUCUGCCUUCCCUCAGCAUGGCCUCAGUGACCAGCUCCAAUCCAAAUUACUCCCCCUCUUAAAGCUGUGGAUCGCAGCUGGAUAGGGAGCCAUAGCCAAAAAUCAAAUAAGGAUUCUAGUGCAGGCUGUUACUAGCCCCUGCUUUCUGCUCUUGCCAUCAGUGCUGCACACGUGCUCCCCUCACUCCCCCCAGCUAUAUUCCUCUCUCUCCUUAGUUUCCCUUAUUUCUGGGAAUUCAGGGGAGUGAUGGAUUUGGAGAGGAGCCCAUGGAGACCAAGGUAUCCCUCGGUUGGGGUGUGUCUAUGUAGGGGCAGGAGGGAGAAGGGAGUGACCCUCACUCCUGGCUCUUCAGUUCCCUUUCCUCCCCUUCUCAGGCUUGGUUUGUUUGUUGUUGUUUUUUUUUUUUUUCUUGAUUUUGCAAAAUAAAAAUGUCUAAGUUAUCAAGCAAUGCUUGUGCCUUUACUGAA